GGUUGUGUCUGUAUUUUGAACAAGGACCGCCAGAGAUUUAGCAGGACUCUGAUUGGACGGAAAACCGGAAAAUGCGUUUACAUUACGUCAUACCUCCCCUUCCGCGUUGCUUCCUGUUUUGAAUGAACACCUGAAAAUAGUUGCUAGUAGCUAGCUGCCAAAUUAAUGCUCACGACUGAGUGUGUUUUCUUAGACAUUUUAACCCAUUGUAGCUGUAUCGAUAGCAUUAACAUCCCCCUACCCAUGAGCCUCUGCAUGUGUCGAUAUGGACAGUCGAUGUUAUUGUUGUGCAUCCAAGUUUAGCCUCUUCAAGAAGGAGCUGGGCUGUAAGAACUGCGGCCGCUCCUUCUGCUCCAGCUGCUUGACUUUCAGUGCUGUGGUGCCUCGCUGUGGCAACACCCAGCAGAAGGUCUGUAAACAGUGCCAUGGUAAUCUGACCAGUGGGCCAUCUUCAACCAGUGCUGGCAGAUGGUCUCCUCCAGAAAACUAUAAAAAACGGGUCGCUGCACUUGAGGCCAAACAGCAAGGACAGCCAACACAGCCUGUGAGGACCAGCAAAGCAGGACAUCCACCAACCAGCGGCCUGAGCAAAGAAGAUCAGGCAAUUGCUGAAAGGCUUCAAAAGCUCAAGGAGGACACAGCACCUAGGUCUGUCCCCUCUGACAAAGAGCUCGAGUCCCGACUUGCUGCUCUGAAAGCUCCCAGCAAGCCAGUACCUUCUGCACAGGAGAUGGAGGACCGUCUGGCCACUCUGCGGGGUCUCCCUCCACCAUCUCAAGCUCCUCGACCUGUGCAUCAGCCUCCAGAAAACCAGACCCAGACUGAACAAGCCAAUGAUUUGAUAAGUCAGAUGACAGAGGAAGUUGCAAUUGACAACCAACAAUCAAAUCCUGAAUGCAGUGUAGAUGGCCGUAUGAAUGAUCUCAAUAAAGGUGAGGCAGGUACAUUGGAUGAGAAUUUGGAAGAGAACCAGGAUGCAGCCAAGCAGCUGGAGGCUGAGAAAGCCCAUCUGCUCGAGGAAGCUAUGGAGGAGCUGAGGAAAGAAAGUCACUCUCAGGAUCAGAUCCUGCACAUGGCAAAGAGGCUGGCACAGCUGAAGGGGCAGGACCCGGACAAAGUUACUAUGGAGGACUUCCAGCAACCUGAUAGUGAAGAGGAGACUGAAGAAGAAGCUGUUAUGAGAGUGUUAAAACAGCUCUCAGAAGAAGCUACACUAGAUGAAGCCAGUGGCUACAACAUACCUUUAGAACAGAGUGGGCCAAGGAAUAGGGAAAAUAAAAAAUCGUCCAAGAAACCGGCUCCGCCUCCCGCACCUAAGAGCAGGAACCUACCUGCUGCCGAUGCACAUCAGCCGUCAGACAGUGACGAAGAAGAGCUUCCGUGGUGCUGCAUCUGUAACCAAGAUGCCAGCCUUCGAUGUCACACCUGUGAUGGAGAUCUGUACUGCAACCGCUGCUUCAGGGAAGGCCAUGAUAAAUAUGAUAGGAAGGAGCAUCGCACCACUAACUACACUGCGCCAAAGAAGAAGAGGGAGACAUGAUAGUGAAGCUAAGCUGCAGGUGAUUGGUAGAGUUAGGCCAGCCAUCACACUUAUUCAUUAGCCUUAAGUGACUUACUAUUGUUAGAAAACAGUCUCUCUAAUCAUCUAAAACAAGCCACAAACCAUCAGAACUCCUCAACACAUUUUAUUCAGUAAAUGCUAAGGCUGAACUAAUUGAAUGAAGCAUAAUAAGAAACCACUGGUAAUAUUUCUUGCAAAGCACGGGCUAGAUAAGGACCAUAAACACAAUGUAAAUGCAUUAUAAUAUGUAUAAUAUCUUAAAUAUAGUUUAUUUUUUGUGGAAUGUAUAAAAAUAGACGUAUGUAAUAUUUGUGAAGGUAUUGCAGCAAACCUGCACGGCCGCAUCACAUAGGAAUCCCAAAAAUUCAUAUGGUUGAUCUGAAUAAGAAGUAUUGGGUUUAUUUUUAUUGUGACUUGUCCUAGUUCCUAAUGGCAACAAAGGCUUAUUUAAAGUGCUCUUUUGCACUUGUCAUCAUAUGAUGAUUUCCAAGUUUUUAUAACCCAUACAGAAAGCAAACACGUCGUGAGCUCAUCUGGGAUGAUGUACAAUCCCAGACUGCUGUCAGCGCUGCACCGAAGAAGCACAGAGGAGUCAGUAUAAAAGGAUUACUAAGGGCUUUGUUUUCUUUUGGCAGUCACUGCAGUCGCUCUUGUAAUCUGUGUUUGGCUGUGUGUGUAAUUUCAUUAUAAAUAAAAGAUAAGUGUUAGCAA